GACUGGAUAGGGAAAGAGAGGGAGGGAGGGAGGGAGAUGGCAGAAGCAGGGCUACAGAGAUCCAAGGAGACGUUUCGACGGUCGGGUUCGUCUGGGCUGGUGUGGGAGGAUCGCUUCUUGCCCGGGGAGACGAACCAUCAACAGGAGACGAACAACAAGGGCGAGGAGGGGGGCGGCGCCCGGAUGGAGCGCAGCCGAUCCAACGGCGCCGGGUACCGGGCGGGCCGCGUCUCGCCCGCCCUCGACCCGCCUUCCCCCCGCCUCUCCGUCUGCGGCUUCUGCGGAAUCUUCGGCAAUAAGCCCGCCGGCCCGGCCCACACCUCCAAGCCCAACCGCCGCCACCGGCGCUGAUCUCCUCUCUUCUUCUUUUUAUUUUUAUUUCCCUCCCCUCUUCAUAAAUUUGUUGUAUAUGCUGUGAGAUAAAUGGAUGGAGAACUUUGUUUGAGACUACUGAA